UGUCGAUCUCUAUUUAUCCUCUUGCUUCUGCCUCUUGUUGCUGAAUUAGCGUCUUUUGUUGCAUUGGCCUGCUUGUGUAAUGACCCACACACCACCUAAGAAGUAAGAACAAUAGUUGGAUAUAUAGCUUCGUUCUGUCCCUCCAAAAUAAUCAAGGGAGAGAAUUAGUUGUUGUUCCUUUUAUUUGUUGCUACAUAAUCCACAUAAUAGCUAGAUAGAUAGAGGCAUACAAGAUCGAUCAACGACACGCCAAGAGUGCAUUAUUCUUCCUUCUUGGAUCGAAUUAAGAUCGAUCAGGAGAAACUAGUAACUGAACAAGUCAACAAUGGCAAGUAGUGAAGCGGCAUCAUCCAUCAUCUCCAGCAACAACCCCUUGGUUGUGGCUUUGGCUCCUCUCACCAACCUGCAGCCGUCUCAUCAACAAGCAGCAGCAGCAGCCGAGCAGCCGCCGCCUCUCCCUCCUCCGGCCAAGAAGAAGCGCAACCUCCCGGGCACACCAGGCAAGUAGUCUUCGAUCUUGUUGUUUGGUUUGGUCUCCGGCCGGCCGCUAAUAAUGUCCAUGGACGAUCGAUGCUCGCUAUAGCUAACGUGCUGCACUGCAUGGUGCAUGCCCCCGGCCGCAGACCCUGAUGCCGAGGUCGUCGCCCUGUCGCCGCGGACGCUGCUGGCCACCAACCGGUUCGUGUGCGAGAUCUGCGGCAAGGGCUUCCAGCGCGACCAGAACCUGCAGCUCCACCGCCGGGGGCACAACCUGCCAUGGAAGCUGCGGCAGCGCAGCGGCAAGGCGGAGCCCCGGAAGCGCGUCUACGUGUGCCCGGAGAAGAGCUGCGUCCACCACAACCCGGCGCGCGCGCUCGGCGACCUCACCGGAAUCAAGAAGCACUUCUGCCGGAAGCACGGCGAGAAGAAGUGGAAGUGCGACAAGUGCAGCAAGCGCUACGCCGUGCAGUCGGACUGGAAGGCGCACUCCAAGACCUGCGGCACCAGGGAGUACCGAUGCGACUGCGGCACGCUCUUCUCGAGGCGCGACAGCUUCAUCACCCACCGCGCCUUCUGCGACGCGCUGGCGGAGGAGACGGCCAGGCUCAGCGCCGCCGCGCCCGCGCCCAGCACCGCCGCCACGUCGCUCUGCGGCCAGGGCAGCAGCAGCUACCUCUUCGCGGGGCAGGCCGUGCGCCCCAACAUGAUGGCGGCCCUCAAGCCUGCCGCUGGGCUCUCGCUCUGGGGCGGCAACACGCUGCCGUCCAUGGGCGACAUUAAUGGUGGUGGUGGCGUCCUGGCCGGCGGCGGUGCGCCAGUGCCCCCGCACCUGUACGCGGAUCUCUUCGCGCCGACGGCGGCGCAGCUGGGCUGCUGGCUGUACGGGAACGGCAAGCCGACGACGGCGACAACGGAGGCGGCGUUCAGCGGGCAGCAGCACGCGAAGCCCGCGGCGGCCACCGACAUGUCCGCGACGGCGCUGCUGCACAAGGCCGCGCAGAUGGGUGCCGUGACGUCCAUGUCCGACGACGCUGGAGGAGCUAUGUUCCAGCACAGCGCUAACAGCAAGCAGCUCACCGGCGGGAACGUGGCCUACGACGACGACGUGUUGUCGGCGGCGGCGCGCCACAUCAAGGACGCCGUGCACGUGGGGAGGGAGGAGACCAGGGAUUUCUUAGGCGUUAGCGUGCAACCGCUGUGCUCUCCGUCGCUGCCUCUGCAAGGCUGGAUUUAAUUAAUUAUUGCAUCAUCAAUUUGCAGGCAAUAAUUAUUGAUUGAUCACGUAUGUAGCCACUGAGCUGAGAGAUGAUCAUCAGUCAUUAGUUGUGCAUGUUAAUUAUAUUUGAAACCGAUCGAUAUGCAUGCAUGUGAUCGACCGAUAUAUGGAACAAGACCAAUGCAUAUGCAUUAUCUAUAUAAUAUAUCCAAGUUCUCACAAA